AGGAUGGAACGGAAAGCCUGCUUCAUGAUACAUUUACUUUUUGCCUUUUCUUUUUGUUUGUAAAGAAAUGAAAUGAAAUGAAAUUAAAAAAGAAGGGAAAACAAAGUCAUCUGUUGCGUAAUAAUUUAUUUUAAAAAGCUGAAGCUCCUCUUCUUCUUUUUUUUUUUGUCAAAAAUAAAAAAUCAUUAAUGAAAUAAUAUGUCCAUCCUGCAUAUAGUUUGUUGAGGUUUCUGUUCCUCCUUCAUUCCCAACCUUCAGUUUACAUGCUGUAUUUUCAUUUGGUGAAGAGGUUGGGUGGCAAAGACUUGUUUGUUGUAAUUGACACAUGAAAGGAACAGAAAGAGGUAAAACCAGGGAAGGGAAAUUUCAGUGGCUGGGGUGACUUGCCUCAGAUCUAGGGAACCUCUCUUCUCAUAUUUGCACUAUUUCCUUCCUAAUUUUCAUUUUCGGUGACCCCAUUUCCCUUGUCUCUGUUUGCCAGAGAGGGACAAGGUACUUACUUUGUCAAUUAUUUGCUGCUGGUUUCUUGAAUAAUCUAUUGCAUGUUUUUCCAGGGAUCAAUCAAAAGGAGGGAGAGAGAGAAGGUUUGAAAAGGUUUAAAAUAGAAGUCCAAAACAAGUGAAUUCAGAAAGGAUCUUGUGGGCUAUUCCAGUAUUUUAUACCCAAAGAGAAUAAACUUAAAAUUUUGGAUUUUGAUGCACUGUAUUUGACUGUUCUCCUAGGAGGUUGAUUCUAAAGUCCUUUUAUUUCUUGGCGUAGGUGCCUUCUUGGUGUUUUGAUGCUGAUUGAAACUGUAUCAUAGAAAGGAGGCUUAAGGAAAAAGGGUGGAAAAAGUAGUUAAAGGCUUGCGGCUUAUUGGGUACUGGAAAAUAAGAAAGGCUAUUGCUACAAGGCAAAGUAAACCAAUGGAGGAAAUAUCUUCUAGUGUUGCAGUACCUUUUACACUUGGAGUUGGAAAUUUGAUUCAAAAGGAGUCUGCGGUGACGACCCACAUGGAGAUAACUGGGCUAAAGCUUAUGGCAAAUACGGCAGCAGCUGCUUUAAUAUUAAAUCCUACAGUGGAGUGUUGUCAAUCAUAUUCUGUUGGAAGUGAAAGCCAUGCAGAUGUUAGUCAUCUACAGCACCAAAUUACAGUAUCUGCUGAGGUAAAGGAGAAUCAAGUUGGAGCUGCCCUUGUCUCAGAAAUGGUUAUUGAAUGUGAGAGUAAUUGGGUCUUGAAGGAAAGCCAUAAUCAGGCAAGAAAGGAAGAUGAAUUCAUGUUAGCUGUGGAUUUUGAGUGUGGGAAGGAAUCUGCAUCUAUGAAGACUAGUUAUGCUGAAAUAGGUUCACCAAUGGUCAUCAAGGUUGAUGAUGAUAUUCGUGGUAUGUCUAGAAUAAACAAGCCAUGUCCAUCUAUAAAGCCAGUGCAAAACACAGUUUCUGUUGCAAUGGAUAUUGCUUGCGAGAAUGACAAGUCUGAUCCAAAACUACCUGCUGAGAUUGUUGAUCAGUUGCCAGAGGAGAAUAAAACAUGGGUAACAAGCAACCAGAAUGCUUUGGAAUUGAGUAGUUUCCCUCUCUGGGGUUGCUCAUCAAUUUGUGGAAAGAGACAGGAGAUGGAAGAUGCUAUUGCUAUUAAGCCUCAACUUUUACAAGUUCCUUCACAGAUUUUAAUGAGUCAUCAUGUGAAUGAAAACAAAAGACACUCACUUGCCCACUUUUUUGGGGUUUAUGAUGGACAUGGGGGAAUACAGGUUGCUAAUUACUGCCAGCAACGUCUUCAUUCAGUGUUGAUUGAGGAGAUAAAUGCUACACAAUCAAGUUUGGAUGAAACAAAUGGGAGAGACGAUUGGCAGGCCAAUUGGAAGAAAGCAUUCAUCAAUUGUUUUCAGAAAGUAGAUGAUGAGGUUGGAGGAAUUGGUGCGGAUAAUAGUGGAAACAACAGUGAUGGAUCUGAGUCUAAUACUGAACCUGUUGCUCCUGAGACUGCUGGCUCCACUGCAGUGGUUGCCAUUUUAAGUCAAACCCACAUAGUAGUUGCAAAUUGUGGGGAUUCAAGAGCUGUUUUGUAUCGUGGAAAAGAAGCUAUGCCAUUAUCUGCUGACCACAAACCAGAUAGAGAUGACGAGCGAGCAAGGAUAGAAGCUGCAGGAGGAAGAGUCAUACAUUGGAAAGGAUAUCGAGUACUUGGUGUCUUGGCAAUGUCAAGGUCCAUAGGUGAUAGGUACUUGAAACCAUGGAUAAUUCCAGAACCAGAAAUCAAUAUUGUGCAUCGAGAGAAGAACGAUGAGUGUCUUAUUCUAGCAAGUGAUGGCUUAUGGGAUGUAAUGACAAAUGAAGAGGUCUGUGAGGUUGCAAGGAAGCGAAUCCUUCUUUGGCACAAGAAAUAUGGCGAUGACGGAUCAACACGACACGGAGAAGGGGCUGAUCCUGCAGCUCAGUCUGCUGCAGAAUAUCUAUCUAAACUUGCCGUCCACAGGGGAAGCGAAGAUAACAUAUCUGUAAUAGUGAUAGACUUAAAGCCUCAAAGAAAAAUUAAGAGAAAAGCAUAAAAUAAUUUUUUUUUAGCUUGAUUUCCUUUUGGAAUAUCUUAAUUUUAUGUUGUUGAUUUGUAGUUGUAUUUCAGAGUCAUUAGCACUUUUUAGCUCGUCAGUUUUUAACCAGGGCUAAGUUAUAUGCUAAAAUUCUCAAUGUACAAGGAUACCUUCAGCUUGGAGGAGUUAUCACUGUGUAUCUGUGAGAGCUUUCCAAGCAUCAUAAAAAAAUUA